CAUUGGAAACAUCAGCUGAUUCAGUAGAAUUGCUAGUAAGAUCAGAUGUGAUGGAAGGUAAAAUAGGCUGCUAGUGUUUUUUUAUUUUUAAGAGAAUAUUUUGUGCUGCUUCCAGGGAAGAUGAUGAUGAACUUUGAGAUGAAGCUGGGCUGGGGUAAAGGUGUACCCAUCCCACCUCACCCAAUCUACAUCCCCCCYUCCAUGGUGGAGAACACCCUCCCUCCACCCCCCUCGGGCCUGCCCUUCAACGCGCAGACCCGCGAGAGGCUGAAGAACCCCAACGUCACCUUGCUCCCUCCGCCCAAGAACAAGGAGGAAUUCGACAAGACUCUGUCCCAAGCCAUAGUCAAAGUGGUUAUCCCAACAGAAAGGUACAUGUUUUUAUUUUUUAAAUUGGUGUAAAAACGAAUAAAAACAACCCAUAAUGAAUAAACCCACAUUUUAAAGUUUGAUCAAUUAGAUCUCUGCACGCUACGGGGGUCGUUCAGUAUGGGUGAGCAAUGGUUGAGGCAAGCACAAGUAGGCUUAUGACGCCAACAAUGAGGUUUAAUGCUAGCAGACGUAGCCUAUAGUUCCAUCAGGUUUAAUGCUA